AUGGCAACUUCAUUAAGUCAAACAAUAAAUGUGUUAGAAUAUGGUGUCAUGGGCUCAAUAUUAUCAAUCCCAGCAAAUUAUAAUCAUUCAAUGAUUGUUUUCUAUUCAUCAAAAGGUAUUAAUAAAGGUAUAAGAGAAUGGGGUCAAAUGAUGCAACGAGCAUAUAAUCGAACGAAUCAACAUCGUCUCAAUGAUCUUACUAUUAAUUAUCUUGGCUAUUAUACUGAUAAUGGUGCUUAUUAUUAUUAUAAUACAGAAAAAGGAAUAAAUUAUGAAGAAACAAUAAUCAAUGUUUAUCAUCAAAUUCCACUUCCAUUUCAUUAUAUUCAACUUGAUUCAUGGUGGUAUUAUAAAGGAAUUCAAGAUGGUGUUACUGAAUGGAUAGCUCGUCCAGAUAUAUUUCCUGAUGGUCUUCAAGUGGUCCAUCGUCGGUUAGAAAAUAUUCCUUUAGCAGCACAUAAUCGCUAUUGGGCAUAUGAUACUGUUUAUAAACAAAAUUAUUCUUUUGUUCUUGAUGAAAGAAAUGGAAAAGCAUUACCCAUUGGAAAUUAUUCAUUUUGGAUUGAUUUAUUUAAUCAAGCACAUGAUUGGGGUCUUGUUCUAUAUGAACAAGAUUGGCUUGAUCGUCAAACUAUUGAUUUUUUGCCAACACGUACUGAUAUUCAUAUUGGUCAGCAACGGUUAAUGUCUAUGGGUGAAGCGGGUGAAAAAGUAGGCAUAAAUAUACAAUACUGUAUGAGCUUACCACGUCAUAUUUUACAAGCUUUACAAAUACCGCGUGUUACACAUACACGAACAUCAAUUGAUUAUGCUGUUCAUCUUGUGUUUCCCAUUAAAGCUCAAUGGGCUAUUGGAAUAUCCAGCAUGCUUGCUGAUGCGAUUGGCUUAGCACCAUUCAAAGAUGUUUUCUGGUCUAGUUCAUUUGAGCCAGGUGCGCCUUAUCAAGAAUUAGCUCGAGAAAUACUUCCAGAUCGUGAAAUGGUUAUUGCAACUCUAUCAACAGGACCGGUAAGUCCAGGUGAUGGAAUUAAUUAUACAAAUGUUGAACGUAUCAUGCGAUGUUGCCGUCAAGAUGGUUUAAUUUUGAAACCGGAUCAAUCAUUGACAAUGAUAAAUACGUUAAUAUCUGACUGGGCUUUUCAUGACGGUCUGUCACAAGGAGAACUUUAUUCAACACAAACAAUGAUAAGUAACCAAACGUUUUUUAUUAUCUUUGCAUCAUCAAUGAAACGAGAUUAUUCAGUUACUCCGUCAAUGAUUGGAGCUCAAUCAGGACUCAUUUGGUUCUACGACAAUGCAACCUUAAUAUCAACUUUUAAUGAAAGUUACCCUCUCGAUGUGUCGGCUACUAAAUGUAACCAUUUAUCAAUAUGUCUUUGGUAUGUACCACCUCUACUUUCGUUAAAUGAUUCACUUGGAACACAAUAUGCCCUUCUUGGGGAAUGGAAUAGAUGGACAGCUAUUAGUCAACAACGAUUUAUAUCUAUAGUUACUGAUACUGAAAAGAAUCAAGCAAUCAUUACUGUUCAAGGUGCAUCUUCUGAAAUAGUUCCAGUCAUUGUUUUUCAUUCAGCAUUACUUUCUGUCACUGUCAAUUGUCGAAUUUCGUCUGUACAUGGUCAAGCGUACGUUGCCGUUACUUCAUCAAACGUCCAUUGCCUUUAA